ACUCAAGAAGAGAAACAUACUCCUUCCCUAAGUCUUUAUCUUAUAUUUUCUUGAGAUAAGCAAAACUCAUGGCAGAAGCGUCUAGUUUAGUGGGUAAGCUUGAGACAGAAGUUGAGAUCAAAGCUUCGGCUGGAAAGUUCCAUCACAUGUUUGUCGAGAGACCACACCAUGUCUCCAAAGCAACUCCAAGCAAAAUUCAAGGCUGUGAUCUACACGAAGGAGACUGGGGCAAAGUCGGCUCUAUCGUCAUCUGGAACUACGUUAUUGAUGGAAAAGUAAGUGUGGUGAAGGAUAGGAUCGAGGCAGUAGAGCCGGAGAAGAACUUGAUCACGUUCAAGGUUAUAGAAGGUGAUCUGAUGAAAGAGUACACGAGCUUUGUGAUCACAAUCCAAGUGACUCCUAAGCAUAAGGGGUCAGGGAGUGUGGUGCACUGGCACUUCGAGUAUGAGAAAAUAAACGAGGAGGUAGCUCAUCCUGAGAAUCUCCUCCAGUUUGCCGCUGAAAUGUCCAAAGAGAUUGAUGAACAUCUCUUGACCGAAGAGUAGAGGAUCUAGUACUUUGAACCCACAUGUAAAAUAAAUAAUGAACCGUGCCCAAGUUUAUAACAGUCUGUGUGUCUCAUCGCGCAUGCGUGUAUGCAUACUACUUCGGUUGAGUUAUGUUUGAAAUUUUUAAUUUGAAGCGACA